AUGGCUUGGAUGACUUACAUUUCAAAUUGGUUUGAGCAAGAUGAUUGGUAUGAAGGACUACAAAGAGCGAACAUGUCACAGGUAAGGCAAGUUGGAUUGCUGGCUGCUGGAUGUCAGCCUUGGAACAAAGAUGUGUGUGCUGCCAAUGGAGACAGAUUUGCAUACUGUGCUACCCUGGCAAUCUAUAUCUAUCAGUUGGAUCACCGUUACAAUGAAUUCAAGCUUCACGCAAUUAUGUCUGAACAUAAAAAAACAAUCACCGCAAUCUCUUGGUGUCCUCAUAAUCCUGACCUGUUUGCAAGUGGCAGUACCGACAAUUUAGUGAUCAUUUGGAAUGUUGCAGAACAAAAGGUCAUUGCUAAACUCAACAAUACAAAAGGGAUACCUGCUUCUCUUAGCUGGUGCUGGAAUGCAGAUGAUGCUGUGGCAUUUAUUUCCCACAGAGGCCCAUUGUUCAUUUGGACGAUAUCAGGACCAGAUAGUGGAGUCACUGUACAUAAGGAAGCCCAUAGCUUCUUGUCUGAUAUCUGUAUAUUCAGGUGGCAUACGCAGAAAAAGGGCAAAGUUGUGUUUGGUCAUAUUGAUGGAAGUCUAUCAAUUUUUCAACCAGGAAAUAAAAAUCAGAAGCAUGUUCUGAGACCUGAAUCUCUUGAAGGAACAGAUGAAGAGGAUCCAGUUACAGCCCUGGAAUGGGACCCACUGUCUGUUGAUUAUCUCCUGGUGGCUAACUUACAUUAUGGAAUUCGUCUAGUAGAUUCCGAAUCACUUUAUUGCAUAACAACAUUUAAUUUCCCCAGCGCAGCAGCUUCUGUUCAAUGCUUAGCGUGGGUUCCCAGUGCUCCUGGGAUGUUUGUAACAGGAGAUUCUCAAGUGGGAGUCCUACGCAUUUGGAAUGUUUCAAGAACAACACCUAUUGAAAAUUUUAAAUUAAAGAAAACAGGAUUUCACUGUUUACACGUGCUUAAUUCUCCUCCACAAAAAAAGUUUUCUCUCCAGUCUCCAACCAAAAAUCAUUAUACAUCAUCAACCAGUGAAGCAGUUCCGUCACCAACUUUGACACAGAAUCAAGCAUUUUCCCUUCCUCCUGGUCAUGCAGUUUGCUGUUUCAUGGAUGGCGGAGUUGGACUUUAUGAUAUGGGCGCCAGGAAGUGGGAUUUUCUCAGGGACUUGGGACAUGUGGAGACUAUCUUUGACUGCAAAUUCAAACCUGAUGAUCCAAAUAUUCUAGCAACAGCUUCAUUUGAUGGCACUAUAAAAGUCUGGGAUAUAAACACGUUAACAGCAGUGUAUACUUCCCCGGGAAAUGAAGGAGUUAUUUAUUCAAUUUCAUGGGCUCCAGGUGGUUUAAAUUGCAUUGCUGGGGCAACUUCCAGAAAUGGUGCUUUUAUUUGGGAUGUUCGGAAGGGCAAAAUAAUACAACGAUUUAAUGAGCAUGGAAAAGAUGGAAUAUUCUGCAUUGCGUGGAGUCAUAAAGAUUCCAAAAGAAUAGCAACCUGCAGUGGUGAUGGUUUCUGUAUUAUUCGAACAGUUGAUAAUAAAGUGCUACACAAAUACAAACAUCCAGCUGCUGUGUAUGGUUGUGAUUGGAGCCAAAACAACAAGGACAUGAUUGCCACUGGCUGUGAAGACAAAAACGUCCGUGUUUACUAUGUAGCUACCAGUUCCGAUCAACCAUUGAAAAUAUUUAAUGGACAUACAGCAAAAGUGUUUCAUGUUAAGUGGUCUCCUCUGAGGGAGGGAGUUCUUUGCAGUGGUUCUGAUGAUGGGUCUAUUCGAAUAUGGGAUUAUACUCAAGAUGCUUGCAUAAAUAUUCUUUCUGGACAUACUGCACCUGUAAGGGGAUUAAUGUGGAAUACUGAAAUUCCAUAUCUACUGGUAUCUGGCAGUUGGGAUUAUACUAUAAAAGUGUGGGACACCAGGGAAGGAACUUGUCUGGAUACUGUCUAUGAUCAUGGGGCAGAUGUAUAUGGUCUGACAUGCCAUCCAAGUCGUCCCUUCACUAUGGCCUCUUGCUCCCGUGACUCAACAGUGAGACUCUGGUCUUUAACACCUUUAAUUACUCCUUUGCAAAUCAAUAUUCUGGUAGACAGAACUUGGGAGGAAGUUAUUGGUAACACUGAUAAUGUUAUCGAACAAGGCACCCCUCCUCUACUGUGUGGUAAAGUGUCAAGAGACAUUAAACAGGAAAUAGAGAAACACACCGGUGAUCCUCGAGCGAAAAAGCUCAGGUGGUUUUCGGAAUGCUUGUCGCCUCCAGGUGGCAGUGACAAUUUGUGGAAUUUGGUUGCUGUGAUAAAAGGACAAGAUGAUAGCUUACUUCCUCAGAAUUACUGCAAAGGAAUAAUGCAUUUAAAACAUCUGAUUAAAUUUAGAACGUCUGAAGCCCAAGAACUGACAACAGUCAAGAUGUCUAAAUUUGGUGGUGGUAUUGGCGUACCUACUAAAGAGGAAAGACUAAAGGAAGCUGCUGAAAUACACUUGAGAUUAGGACAAAUUCAGAGAUAUUGUGAACUUAUGGUUGAACUUGGAGAGUGGGACAAAGCACUGUCCAUUGCACCAGGGGUCUCUGUGAAAUACUGGAAGAAGCUAAUGCAGAGGAGAGCUGACCAAUUAAUACAGGAAGAUAAAGAUGAUGUCAUUCCAUACUGCAUAGCUGUUGGUGAUGUGAAGAAGCUAGUCAAUUUUUUUAUGUCAAAAGGCCAACUUAAAGAAGCAUUGCUUGUUGCACAGGCUGCAUGUGAAGGAAGCAUUCAAACCUUACACAUUUCUACACCUAAAGGAGCUUCCUGUACUGAUGAAAUCUACAAGGAAGACUAUAAUGAACUCCUGCACAAAGUCACUAAGGACCUUGCAGAAUGGUAUUUUCAGGAUGGUCGAGCAGUGCUAGCUGCAUGUUGCCACCUAGCUGUAGAUGAUAUUGAGCUUGCUAUGGCAUACCUGAUUCGUGGAAAUGAACUGGAGUUGGCAGUCAGUGUGGGCACAGUACUGGGAGAGUCUGCUGCACCAGCAACCCACUAUGCCCUAGAAUUAUUGGCAAGAAAAUGCAUGAUGAUUUCAACAUGCUUCCCAUCUGUUGGAUACAGUAUAUGUUUUAUAUAUGUUAUGUUUUUCCCUUUUCAUGAAAACAGAAAUUUGGCAGCUGAUCUUCUUCUGAUGACUCCUGACAAUGAACUGCACUUAGUAAAGCUCUGUGCUUUCUACCCAGGGUGCACUGAAGAGAUAAAUGAUCUUCAUGAGAAGUGCAAACUACCCACAGUAGAAGAAUGUAUGAAGUUAGCUGAGACAGCCCAUGCAGAUGGCAAUGUAUUUGAAACUGUUAAGUAUUACUUGCUAAGUCAAGAACCUGAGAAAGCCCUUCCUGUUGGCAUUGCUUUCAUCAAAAAAUCCAUCAGUAAUGCAAAUUGGACAGUGAAUACCAUUUUCCCUGUUCUUGACCUUCUGAGUUACAUUCGUACUGAGAAAUUACUUUUGCAUACUUGUACUGAAGCUAGAAAUGAGUUACUCAUAUUAUGUGGCUACAUUGGUGCCUUGUUGGCUAUCCAAAGACAGUACCAAAGCAUUGUUCCAGCACUUUAUGAGUACACAAGUCAGCUACUAAAACGUAGGAAGGUAUCAGUACCUUUAAAAAUUGAACAUCUUUCUGAGGAAUUGGAUGCAUGGAGAGCUUGCACUCAGUCAGACAACCGAUCAUCCGAAGAAGCCUCAUAUACACCCCCUUCUGAUUCGCAAAGAAUGGUUUAUGCGACGUUAGUAAAGAGAUUAAAAGAAGAGCCACUCAAAGGAAUUAUUGGACCAGAUUAUGUGACUGGAUCAAAUCUCCCAAGUCAUUCUGACAUUCACAUCUCAUGUUUUACAGGAGUAAAAAUCCAGGGACCUGUAUUUUUCCUUGAAGAUGGGAAAUCUACUAUCUCUUUGAAUGAUGCUUUGAUGUGGGCCAAGGUGAACCCAUUCUCACCUUUGGGGACUGGAAUACGACUCAAUCCAUUCUGACGGAGAUUUUUCUCCAUGCUUACUUGUUUUUGAAAAGAAACUUGUAGGUUAGUAUUACCCUAAUUUUGGUUGUCCAGGAGCCAGAAGUUGCAAUGAGGAUUGGGGUUGGAAGAGGUGGAGAAUAACCAUGAAAUAUAUUCAUUCACUCUGAAAAAUAAAAUAUUUACAUAACUUAAAGGAAAAAUACAUGUCUCCUUUAUGAAAUGUUAUAGCCACAUUUGUGAGGAGGGUAAGAGUAAUCCA